CAGAGCUGCCCGAGCUGGGGGAAGUAGACACGGAUCCGGGGAGAAUCAGCAGAAGCGCCGCCGCCGCGCUACCGGACUGGGCCACGAGCUGGCCUCUCACAACGCCACUCCCCUGCACGAGCAGGGCGGCUGAGGGGAGCAGCCGGGGCGGGCGCGCAGUCAGAGCGUGGGACAAUGCUGCGCCUCGCCUCGCUGAAGUUCGGCCGAUUGUUCCGCUAUGGCAAGCUGCUGUUCGCGGCCAGUCUGCUGGUGGUGAUGCUCCUGAACACGCACUCGUUGUUCUCCUCCUUCCAGCGGAACGAGCUGACGGACCGGCGCUUCCUCAGCCUCAAUAAGUGCCCGGCGUGCUUUGGAAGCAGCUGGUGCCGGAAGUUUAUGAACGGGCAGCUGAGCUUCGAAGGCUGGGGGCGGCUGCGGCUGCUGGACUUCUUUAACGUCAAGAACGUGCACUUCGCUCAGUACGGGGAGCCCCGGGAGGGCAGCAGGCGGGUGGUGCUCAAGCGACUCGGUUCCAACCACGAACUCUCCGAACUGGACCAGCGCAUCUGCAAGAGAGCCACCGGGCGACCCCGCUGCGACCUCGUCCAGGCCAUGUACAAGACCGACUUCGCUCGCCUCAACGGGGACGUGCGCCUGCUGACCCCCGACGUGGUGGAAGGAUGGUCCGACCUGGUGCAUUGCCCCUCGCAGAGGCUCCUGGACAGGCUGGUCCGGCGCUACGCGGAGACCAAGGACUCGGGCAGCUUCUUGCUUAGGAACCUCAAGGACACGGAACGCAUGCAGCUGCUCCUCACCCUGGCCUUCAACCCCGAGCCUCUCGUCCUGCAGAGCUUCCCGUCUGAUGAAGGAUGGCCUUUUGCAAAAUACCUUGGAGCCUGUGGCAGAAUGGUGGCUGUCAAUUAUGUUGGAGAAGAACUCUGGAGUUACUUUAAUGCUCCAUGGGAAAAACGUGUAGACUUGGCAUGGCAGCUGAUGGAAAUUGCAGAACAGCUUACGAAUAAUGACUUUGAAUUUGCACUUUAUCUCCUGGAUGUCAGCUUCGAUAACUUCGCUGUUGGACCAAGGGAUGGGAAAGUUAUCAUUGUUGAUGCAGAGAAUGUUUUAGUAGCUGACAAAAACUAAUAAAACAAAAUAAACCUGAAAACUGGGAUGUGUGGUAUGAAAGCAAGUUUGACGAAUGUGACAAGGAAGCUUGCCUGUCUUUUUCAAAAGAGAUUCUUUGCUCUCGGGUUACUGUGGACCAUAAUUAUUAUGCCAUUUGCCAGAACCUCCUUUCCAGACAUGCCACCUGGCGUGGCACAUCCGGAGGACUUCUUCACGAUCCUCCAGCAGAAUUCGCCAAAGAUGGCCGUCUUGUGGCCUUGCUGGAUGAAUGUGCGAAUCCAAAGAAACGAUAUGGCCGGUUUAAAGCGGCAAAAGAACUGCGCGAAUACCUUGCACAAUUAAGUAAUAAUGCGAGGUAGUCUAUACUGUAAUUUUGUUUUUUAAUUAUCUGUAUAAUGAAAGGUUUUAAUUAGCUGGAGCACGUACAGUUUUACUAUAUUGCUGUAUAUACAGAAGUUAAGGAAAUGACAUGUUUUUGUGAAUGCAGUGGGAGUGAGCUUAAUGGCAACGUGCCAUGCAAUCACUUUCCUAUGAUGUGCGUGAUCCUAUUUAAUUAAAGGGGAACUAUCAUGAAAAUAAAAAUUUAAUAUAAGCUUCAGCAUACUGAAAUAAGAAACUUUCUAAACACAAUCAAUUAAAAAUGAUGUACCGUUUCUGAAAUAAUCAAGUUUAUCUUCACUAUUCCUCUCUUCAUCUCGGUCUCCUCAUUCUGUCUUCAUUCAGGAGUUGGGUGUCGGAUGAAUGAUCCAAUAUUUCUUAUAGGAGAGCCACUUUUGCCUAGAAGGUGUAUUCGAGUUCACUCUAUUAAAAUCCCCAGACAACAUGUCUCAUGCAGGAUUUGUGCAAAAGACCGUUAUUCUGAUUUUGUUUGUACUGGAAGCAGUUAUUUGAGUGCGCUCUAAUACAUCUGCUAGGAAAAGGAGCCCCCCCUAUAGGAUAUAUUGGAUCAUUCAUCUGAUUCCCAACUGCUGAAUGAAGACAGAGUGAAGAGAAACAGAUGCUGAGAGAGGAAUAGUGAAGAUAAACUUGAUUAUUUCGGAAACAAUGCAGAAUUUUUAAUUGAUUGUAUUUAGAAAGUUUCUUACUUCAGUACGAGGAAGCUUAUGUUAAU